AUGUCCUCUUUUCGUUUCGUUCGUUGUUUUUCUACACGCGCAAGAGUACCGAGAGCUUCAACAUUUGUUUUCGGUUCAAUGACUCCAAUUUCUGUAUCACUUCGUAGUCGAGUCAUUCCUUCUGUUUCUCGUAGUUAUACUACACAAACCACCGAAAAAAAAGGUGGAAGUAAUACUUUAUUGAUAAUUGGAGCGGGUCUUAUUGCUGCAGGAGCUGGUUAUUAUUAUUUCACUUCUUCAGAAGCUGGAUUAAACACCUUUGUCUCUACAAAAAAAGAAUUAGAUUAUCAAAAAAUUUAUGAUCAAAUUGCUGAUACUCUUGAAGAUAAUGAUUGGGAUGAUGGUUCAUGGGGACCAAUUUUACUUCGUUUAGCAUGGCACGCAGCUGGUACUUAUGAUAAAAAUACAAAAACUGGUGGUAGUUACGGAGCUACCAUGAGAUUCUCACCAGAAUCUGAUCAUGAUGCAAAUGCUGGUUUAAAAGCUGCGAGAGAUAAAUUGGAAAUUAUUAAAAAAAAUAAUCCUGAAAUAUCAUAUUCAGAUUUAUGGAGUUUGGCGGGAGUUGUUGCUGGUGGGCCUAAAAUUCCAUGGAUACCUGGCCGUAAAGAUGGCGAAGCUGCUGCUUGUUCACCGGAUGGUCGUCUUCCUGACGCGUCUCAAGGGUCAUCUCAUCUUCGAGACAUUUUCUACCGUAUGGGAUUUGAUGAUCGAGAAAUCGUUGCGCUUGCUGGAGCUCACGCUCUUGGAAGAUGUCACAAAGAUCGAUCAGGUUUUGAUGGUCCUUGGACACCGAGUCCCACAAUGUUCACCAAUGGAUUUUACCAAGAACUUUUAGGAAAGAAAUGGGUAGAAAAAAAAUGGAAAGGACCAAAACAAUAUGUUGAUAAAGAAACUGGUGAACUCAUGAUGCUUCCUGCAGAUCUUUCUUUAAUUCAGGACAAAGCUUUUAAACAAUAUGUAGAACAAUAUGCAAAAGAUGAGGAAUUGUUUUUCAAAGAUUUUGCAGCAGCAUUUCAUAAACUUGAAGAACUUGGUGUGCCAAGAACUGGUGAAGAAAAAGUUUAUUAUUUCAAAAUUAAAGG